GAAAAGCAACAGUGAAUCAGAACAUGAGUUCCCAGUUAUGGGACUUGUAAUGAAUUCCUCGAUUAAAAUAAAAAAUAAUGAAAACAAAAGCCAAGGAGGAGAAAGCCCAUGUUGGUGACACUAAAAUAUAUCUUUCCAAACAAAUGUGGAUAAAAGUCAAGCAGAGAAGAUGAGAACUUUGAGGUCCCUAACACAAAACAAACAAUAAGCAGCAAGCCAUUCCAAGUGGCUGACGUGACUUUGUUUCAAACUUUAUUUAUAUUUCUGGCUGGUGUGUUUACAGCCAAUAGGUCAAACUAUCAGUGUAGAGCCCUGAGAAGUUGGGUAUUUACGGAGCAUCUAAUACGCACAGAAUUGUGCUCCAUACUGCUUAACCUGUUCCCUAAUGUCCAAUUUGGAGAAAACACCCACGCGCAGGGUAACUAGCGAGUGACGCGGAGUGGCUGCGAGUCCAUGUUAUCACUAACGGAUGGGGCGCUUUGAGCUGGGCACAGUCCAAGGUACUGAACCCUUCCCCCAGUUUCGCCUACAUCCAGAGGUGUGCACCGUCAAAAAGCAGUGUCUUCAGGUCUCUUCUGGCACUGUCUGGACUCCGAUCUGAGGCAGACAAGGAAGCUGAGAAAACCCUGGCAUUGACCCCGUGGACCUGGGCGCCCCGGGAAGGCCAGCGCUGGGUCCAGGCAGGCGGGGCCUGUGCGGUGAUCACUCUGGUCCCGGAAAGUCCCAGCCCUGUGUCCUAGACCUGGAGGCCUGGAACAGCCAAGUGGACGUCGGCCCACUUGCUGCGGAAGAGAAAGCCUUUCUCUUCUUUCCUUCCCAUUUUCCUACCACCUUCCACCCCACUCCGCCUUCGGGGCAAAGGCAGCCAGAUCCACCCAGGACACAUUCUUUGUCCUUAUCCUCUGUGCUCUCCCACAGCAAGCCAGUCGCGGUCCAAGGCCCCAGAGGCUGUGCAGGAGGCCGAGCUGGGUGGCGAUCAGCCGCGGGUCCCUGUCCAAAAUCCAGCAGAGCCGCCAGGGACACUCCAUACACAGAAGGCACGGCGCCGGGAGGGUGGGGAGACCACAGCGGCAGAGCCGGGAAGUGAACGAGGACUGACUCCUGUCGCUUCCCGUAGCCGCCCACGGACGCCCGAGCCGGGAACCGGACGGCACCUAGCGGCUGACGAACAACCUGCUCCGUGGAGCGCCUGAAACACCAGUCCUUGGGGCCAGUGCCUCAGUUUCAAUCCAGGUAACCUUUAAAUGAAACUGGCCUAAAAUCUCAGGUCAUACACAGAAGAGACUCCAACAAGAAGCUGGAAAAGAAUGAUGUUGUCAUUAAACAACCUACAGAAUAUCAUCUAUAACCCGGUAAUCCCGUAUUUUUUUUUUUUUCCUGAUCAGUUGGAUCCUGGAACUUUGAUUGUAAUACGUGGGCAUGUUCCUAGUGAUGCAGACAGGUUUCAGGUGGAUCUGCAGUAUGGCAGCAGCGUGAAACCUCGCGCCGACGUGGCCUUUCAUUUCAAUCCUCGUUUCAAAAGGGCCGGCUGCAUUGUUUGCAAUACUUUGAUAAAUUUUUUUUUUGGACGGGAAGAGAUCACCUAUGACACGCCUUUCAAAAGAGAGAAGUCUUUUUUUUUUUUUAUUAUGGUGCUGAAGGACAAAUUCCAGGUAGUUUUUAAUGGAAAACAUACUCUGCUCUAUGGCCACAGGAUCGGCACAGAGAAAAUUUUUUUUUUUGGCAUUUAUGGCAAAGUGAAUAUUCACUCCAUUGGUUUCAGAUUCAGCUCGGAUUUACAGAGCACCCAAGCAUCUGGUCUGGAACUGACAGAGGUUCCAAAGUCUGGCACGCCCUUUUUUUUUUGUAUUUUUGCCUGGACCUUGGAGGGCAGCUUCAUUCAUUCCAUUCCUUACUGUAGAACUUUUUUUUUUCAGCCUAGUAAUAGAGGAGACAUUUCUAAAAUCGUACCCAGAACUGUCUAUUUUUUUUUUAAAGAUUCGACUGUCAAUCACAGUUUGACUUGCACCAAAAUACCACCUAUGAACUAUGUGUCAAAGAGCCUGCCAUUUUUUUUUUUUUUGAACACCCCCAUGGGCCCUGGACGAACUGUCGUCGUUAAAGGAGAAGUGUUUUUUUUUUCCAAAAGCUUUAAUUUUUUUUUUCUAGCAGGAAAAUCAAAGGAUAUCGCUCUACACUUGAACCCACGCCUGAAUAUUAAAGCAUUUAUAAGAAAUUCUUUUCUUCAGGAGUCCUGGGGAGAAGAAGAGAGAAAUAUUACCUCUUUCCCAUUUAGUCCUGGGAUGUACUUUGAGAUGAUAAUUUAUUGUGAUGUUAGAGAAUUCAAGGUUGCAGUAAAUGGCGUACACAGCCUGGAGUACAAACACAGAUUUAAAGAGCUCAGCAGUAUUGACACGCUGGAAAUUAAUGGAGACAUCCACUUAGUGGAAGUAAGGAGCUGGUAGCCUACCUGCAUGGCUGCUACAAAAACCGAAAUACAGAAUGGCUUCUGUGAUACUGGCCUUGCCAAAUCGCAUCUCACUGUCAUUCUAUUGUUUAUAUUGUUAAAAUGAGCUUGUGUGCCCUUCGGUCCUGCUGGGUGUUCUCAGUCCUUGCCAUGAAGUAUGGCAGUGUCUAGCACUGAAUGGGGAAACUGGGGGCAGCAACACUUACAACCAGUUAAAGCCACUCUGCCGUCUCUCCUACUUUGGCUGACUCUUCAAGAAUCCCAUUCAACAAGUAUUUAUGGAGUACCUACUAGAAUACAGUAGCUAACAUGUAUUGAGCACAGAUUUUUUUUUUUUUUUUGGCAAAACUGUGCAAGGAGCUGGCAUAUACACUUAGUGGUCAAACAGACCAGUAUGUUCCCUGUUCUCUUGAGCUUCGACUCUUCUGUGCUCUAUCGCUGUGCACUGCUUUUUCUACAGGCAUUACAUCAACUCUAAGGGGUCCUCUGGGAUUAGUUAUGCAGCUGUUAAAUCACCCGAAGACACCAAUUUAUCGAAGACACACCUCCUUCCCCGGUGAUCACGCUCAUAACCAGUGCGCUAUCAUAUCCCCUCAUUGGGAGGACUGAUGUUGACUUACAUCAUUUUCUUUAUCACAAUAAACAUGUGGCUCUAUUAGCUGCAAGCUUUACCAAAUAAUUAGCACGACAUCUGAGCACAGCACAGAAAUUAAGGCAAAAAAACCAAAGCAGAACAAGGAAAUGGUGCUGAAAUUAACCUGAUGCCAAGCCCAAGACAGCUGAUUUCUGUGUAUUUGAACUUAGGGCGAAUCCGAGUCUACACAGACUCCUACAGAAAGCUUAAGGAAGAGGCAAGAUGCAUUCAAUUUGAAAGGUAUUUAUGGGCAACAAAGUAAGGUCAGGAUUAGACUUCAGGGAGUCAUAAGGCAGGCAGUAUCAGAAAGUGUACACCAACUAAGAGACCCACAAAGCAGGCAGAGGUAAUGCAAACAUCUGUUUUGUUCCCAUGCAGAUCACCACUCAAGGCCUCUGUUCUUAAGAUUAGUCCAUCAUCAUUAGCAACUGAGAUCAAAGCACUCUUCUGCUUUAAGUGAUUAAAAUCAAACCUGUAUCAGCAAGUUAAA